AUGCCAACGUUUCUAUCAGAGCAGCUCAGAUCGUUAUGCCCAAGUUUGGAGUUCGACUCGAACUCCGAGUGGAUUCUACUCCCUGAGUUGCCAGCUGAAUGUCAGGUGCCUACUGAACAAGCUGAAUGGGUGAAAUAUUGUGUGGCUUUUAUGUUUGCCUCAUUGGCUGUGAUCGGAAUUGUGGGAAAUAUUCUCGUCAUCACUGUGGUGCUGAAAGUUCGCGGAAUGAAAACUCCGACAAACUGCUACCUGCUCUCACUUGCAGUCAGUGAUACGUUGUUCUUCAUCGCAACCACUCCCACUGAGCUUUCAUCUCUGUUUACCGUUGACUACCCUUUCGGAUCUAUAUGUUGCUCUCUGUUCACUUACCUACCGUAUCUUGCCAUCAAUUCCUCAGCACUUUCCAUAACGGCGUUCACCAUUGAGAGGUUCAUCGGGAUAUGCCAUCCUUUCUGGGCCAGAACGAUAUGCACAGUAAAGAGGGCAAAGAUGAUUAUUUGCAUCAUCUGGACGUUCUCUCUCAUCUACAAUUUCCCCUGGCUUUUCCUUUCCGGCCUAAUCAUCGACGAAGAAGGCGGAUAUUGUGAUUUCAAAAUGGGCAGAGAAGACUGGAAAUACAAGGUGAUGUACGUCGGUGAUUUGGUUGGAUUCUACGUUAUUCCAAUGUUCUUGAAUAUUGUAAUUUAUGUGAAAAUCGCCAUAGUGCUCAGUCAAUGCGGAGACAAAAUGAAACAUGACAAUAAGGAGAAGAACGGUCAGUCGAGCUCAUUGCUACCAGCUCCUCCUUUGAACGAUGUGAAAGAAUGUCAUGUCACGGGCAGAAGAAACUCGUCAAAGGGAAGAAAUCAGGUGGUGAAAAUGCUUGCUUUGGUUGUAUUCGUCUUCGCAACGUGUUGGCUACCGUAUCGAGCGAUGGUGGUGAAUAAUUCGUUCCGAGAUGAAAAGUGGAACUCUGAAGGCUAUAUUCUUUUCUCCAAGACUAUGAUAUUCAUCAACUGUGCUAUCAAUCCAAUCCUGUACAAUCUGAUGUCGGCCAGGUUCCGGGGAGCUUUUCGCAGUCUCUUCCAUAGGAAGACAACAUUUAAUCAACAAAACAGAGCUUUCGACAGAACAACCACCUAUUCCACAUAUAAUCGUCCGGCAUCAAAUGAGAAAAAGUUGGCGGUAACGAAAACUAACGAGUGA